UUCCACACACCCAGUCUCACUCGUGUAUGUGUCAAGUCAGGGCUUCUUCCUGUUUUUCAGUAGUUCUCGUGCCUUGUUUUGCAUACCUCCUGAGGAGGAAGUCCGGAAAAAAAAGAGUCUGCCCAGGAAGAGCGAGAAAACUGUGAGAGGACCAACGAGGAGAUCUUACAUGGACUUUGCUGGACGAGGUUUCGGCUGCUGUUGUUGAGACAUUUGCCCCCAGGGUUAUCAGCAAGACAUUAUGGGGGCUGUUAGAAGUGUCCUCGGGGUUGUAGGGAGCACACAAGUGACUGUGAAAGGAGAGGACUGACACACUCUCUGAGUGAGUCAACUCGGUUCACCAAACCAGACAAACCAGAUACCUGCUGAUGGAUUUUAGAGGGAAACCCUACCCUGAAGCCGCACAGACUGCUGACGAGUAGACGUCACUCAUUCACUCACUCACUCACUCAGUGAAAAAAAAAAAAACUCUCUCACACACAUGAGUGGGAGAGGGGAGAAGGAACAUGGAAGCACUGAGAGAGUCUUUUCUGCAUUUAACUUUUCAGAUGUCAUCGUAUAAGAGAGCCACGCUGGACGAGGAGGACCUGAUCGACUCCACCGGGGACGACGUCUACCCUUCAUCACCUAUGCAGGUGAAUCUCCUGCACGGCCGCGGCCCCACAUGUUGGCCCCACAGGACGCAGAAUGAUAGCAGGCUGCUGUUUCUACUCUGUGUCGUGUCCACAGGCUUGUUUGUAUCUCUCAUCACCACAGGGGUCUUCUACAAACAGGCUCACCCGGGCCUGUGCCUCACAGAGCCGUGCGUCACUGUGGCCAGUGUGGUAAUGGGAGCUCUGGACCGGUCAGUGGACCCCUGCCACGACUUCUACAACUUUGCCUGCGGGGGUUGGGUGAAGAAGAACCCCCUUCCUGAGGGCAAAUCCCGCUGGGGACCUUUCAGCAACCUCUGGGAGCACAACAUGAAUGUGAUGAAGCAUUUAUUAGAAAACACAACGAUGAAAGAUCUGAGUAAGGCUGAGGAGAAGGCCCAGCGAUACUAUCAGGCAUGCAUGAACGAAGCCAAAAUCGAGGAUUUAGGAGCUAAACCACUACAGGAACUCAUCAGCCAGUUAGGAGGAUGGGCCCUGACCGGUGCCUGGGACAAGAACAACUUCCAAGAAGUUUUGCGCAAAGUGUCCGCCAACUUUCACACUUCGCCUUUCUUCACCGUGUUUGUCAGCACCGACUCCAAAAACUCCAACAGUAACGUCAUCCAGGUCGAUCAGUCCAGUCUGGGACUACCUUCCCGGGAUUACUACCUCAACAAAACCGCCAAUGAAAAGUAUCUUACUGCAUACCUCCACUUCCUGACGGAGUUGGGGAUUCUCCUGGGAGGCACAGAGGAGACAUCUCAGGCGCUCAUGGAGGAGAUCGUGGACUUUGAAACCACCCUGGCUAAUAUCACGGUCCCCCAGGAGGAGAGGCGAGACGAGGAGCUCAUCUACAACAAGAUGAAGGCCAAAGACCUAAAAACUCUGGUUCCUGCAGUGGAUUGGAUGCCGUACCUCACGGAUGUGUUUGCCCCUGUGCAGCUCAACGAGUCGGAGCCUGUGGUUGUUUAUGCCAAAACAUACCUCCAGAAAGUCUCUGACCUCAUCAGUAAAACAAAUAAAAGCCUCCUCAACAACUACAUGAUCAUGAAGGUGGUGAGGAAGAUGGUCUCCAUUUUGGACCAAAGGUUCCAGGAUGCUGAGCAGCGUUUUUUCGAGGUCAUGUCCGGAACAAAGAAGAGCUGCACUCCGCGCUGGAAGCUGUGCGUCAGCGACACAGACAGCGCCCUGGGCUUCGCUCUGGGAGCCAUGUUUGUCAAAGACACCUUUGCCGAGGACAGCAAGUCCAUCGCUGAAGACAUGGUCGGAGAUAUAAAAUCGGCGUUUGAGGACAGCAUAAAGUAUGUGAACUGGAUGGACGCAGAGACAAAAAAAGCAGCCAAAGAAAAGGCAGAUGCAUUAUACAACAUGGUGGGAUAUCCAGAGUUUAUCAUGAACGCCACAAAGCUGGACAAAGUGUACAAUGAUUUUGAGGUGGUGUCGGAGCAUUACUUCCAAAACGUCAUGCAGUACUACAACUUCUCAGGCAGAGUGACCGCCGACCAGCUGAGGAAAGCACCAAACAGAAACCAAUGGAGCAUGACACCCCCGACCGUGAACGCAUACUACAACCCAACCAAGAAUGAGAUGGUUCUGCCCGCAGGAAUCCUUCAGGCUCCGUUCUACAGCCGCUCCUGGCCAAAAGCUCUAAACUACGGUGGCAUUGGUGUUGUAAUGGGACAUGAACUGACUCACGCGUUUGAUGACCAAGGGAGGGAAUACGACAAGGAUGGAAACCUGCGGCCCUGGUGGAAGAACUCGUCUGUGGAGGCAUUCAAGAAGCAGACGCAGUGCAUGGUGGAGCAGUACGGAAACUACAGCAUCAACCAGGAGCCUCUGAACGGACGACAGACUCUGGGGGAGAACAUCGCCGACAACGGAGGACUCAAGGCCGCCUACAAGGCUUAUGCGAACUGGAUCAAAAACAACGGCGAGGAGGCCACGCUGCCUGCACUAGGAAUGACAAACCAUCAGCUGUUUUUUGUAGGAUUUGCACAGGUCUGGUGCUCUGUCAGGACUCCUGAAAGCUCACACGAAGGUGUUAUCACGGAUCCUCACAGUCCAUCAAGAUUCAGAGUCAUCGGCACGAUUUCAAACUCCCAGGAAUUCUCAAAGCACUUUGGCUGCAGCGCAGAUGCUCCCAUGAACCCGAAACAUAAGUGCGACCUUUGGUGAUGACUUGUUUGUUCGAUGCUGCUCAUCAACAAGAAGUGAGAAGAACCUUUAAGGAAUAUGGCCUGGAGGCUGACGAAGGACAGGAAGAACCACUGAACUCCUGCUGCUUUACCACUUAAUGCUUACCUGGCUCCUCUCUAUCAGGAUAAACUGUUCCUGUUCUGCAUGGAGGAUCCAAUCUUCAGGGCUUUUCCACAACGACUGUUUAGACGCUUUCCCCAACUUCUAAACUGUAGAAAUGAAAUGUGCUUUUUGAACACUGAAAACCCAACAAAUUCUUACAGAAAUGGGAUGGGGGAGGGGAGAGGUACACUCUUAAAAUGUGUUCUGCUUGGUCACAUAAAGUCAUGGACAGGCAAGGGGACAUUUUGUUGGACUCUUUCUCAGGCUUCCAUCUGCUCCAGUUUACUUUAAUUGUGUUUUAUUUGUGCUCACAAUUUUUUUAUAAAAUAACACAACAGGGACCUGUUACACUUUUUAACCUGACGGAAGAUUUAAUACUCAUCUAUCUGGACUAUUUUAAAGCAGUAAAAUCAAAACGACAUUGUCAAUAUUUCAGAACAGUUUUGUGAACAGUCUUAAACUAUUUUUUUUUUUUUUAAUACAUUCUGAUGUUGUCUUGUUUAUGUUUUUACUUGUGUAAUGAGUGUAAAGUGUAAUAAGAAAUGUCCUAUGCAGACACAAACGACAGAAACAGAAUGAAGGAAUUAAGACGUCCACAGCAAUAUUUAAGGUUCAACUUGUUUUGUUUUUUUUAAUUUGAGAACUGAGUCUUAGAGGCUAAGCUCUUGUGCCAUACUUGUUUUUAAGAGUUUGUCACAAAUUAUUUUGUAUAGUAAAACCGAUCUUAAAACAU